AUGCUGAUCGCCACCGUCCUGGCAACUACCUUUUCAGCACCCAAUUUUGUGCACAAUUCUGGCAACUUCUACAGUAUCAUUGCCUGUGUGCUAGUCCACAUCAUGGUAAAGUAA